AGGCACACAAAAUACGUGAUGUGACCAUGGCAACCCAAAUGUUUUGAUUUUAGUACUUUUUGUUAACGAAAAACUAAAAGUGAGAAUUUGAAUUUUCGUGUAAUUCAUUAAAAAAUUAUUGGUUUUUUAAUUUUCACAUGAAAUAUUUUAUAAUGUAUAAAUAAUGGGUUUCAAAACAGAUUUAUCUCUUUAAUAAAAUAAAAAAAAACAAGGUUUAGUUUUUUCAAAAGACGACUGAUUAAAAAAAUCAGCACUACCCAUUUACCAAUAAACUCGCAUUAAAAUGUAAAAGAUAUUCAUUAGUUUGUAAUUCAAGUUAGUGCUAUUAAGCUUAAUUAACUGACGUAAUCAUCUAUGACUACCUCAUCGCAAUUACGUACCAUACGAAUCGACACAAAAAUUGGUCAUUAUACGUAUUAAAGCUUCCUACACUUAUCUGGGAUGCUUAAGUGUAUGUUAAACGAUGCGCUGAUGUAAUCGCCACAAUGAACGAUCCGUGGGAUGUCAAAUGUGUCCGACAAUCUGGCCAAUAUGUAUCGUGUAUUAAACUGAAUGGGGUGCCCCUUCUACCACCGGUUCUCUCCAAGGAAUGUCGCAAAGAAAUGCAGUAUUAUAAACUUUUAGCAAUAGAGGUUGAGAAAAGAAUUCAAGCACUAAAAACAUUUGUACUUGAAAGUGAUGACACAGAGUCUACUGAAGACAAGACAGAUGCCCCUGAACUUCCUGAGUCAGAACAAGAUGAUAUUUCAACUAGUGAUAAAAAAGAUUUCAAUUCUAAUUCAAUUAUCACGAAAGAUCUAGAAAAAAGUACCCUACAGGUAGAAUCUCCAGUCACAGAAUUAGAGAGUUUAUCUAAGACCCCAUCAAAAUUUAAAAUAGACCUAAGUUUAAGCAUUAAUGAAAACAAUGGUUUCCAAGAUACAAAUUCUAUUGAAGUUCCAGUCAGAGACUGUGAAUGUUCUAAAGAAAUGGAAAAUAUUGAUUCUAAGGUAGAUUCUUCUAAAGUAGUUGAGGAUAAACUUGUUUUUAGUGUCAGUGUAAAGAAAGAAGAACUAACUGAACCCCUUUCCAUUCAUCUUUAUGAAGAUGAUCCUCCAUCUCUUACUGCAAAAAGCUUUACAGGUUCUUUGAACAAUAUUCAUACAGAUAGUAAAGGUUGUGAUAGCAUUCCACUAUCUCGCCAAAGAUCUUACACAAUUUUAACACCCAGUCCUAUGCUGCUUGCUCAUUUAGAAAUCCAGUCUUUGAACACUGGAGUCGAAAUAAAUUCUAUAUCCAUGAGUGAGUCCACAUCCAACCUAUAUUCUCCAAAUAAAAAGCGAAGAAGUUGGGACUUGGAAUCUGCAAAAGUAAAGUGGUCAUCUAUGGCACUUGAAUUAAAGCAAAAGAACAUAAAGAUGGCUGGUACAAACCAGAAAGAUAUUACUAAACAAGCUAAAAAUACACCACCCUCUGCAUCAACACACUUAAGAGCACGGUCUCUUGCCCUGGAAAGUACAAAACGAGUUACUAAUACCUAUAAUCCUCCAAACCAAUCAGAACCCAUAACAAAACCAAAGAAAAGUCAGAGUCCAGUACGAAAAACUACUAUGAUGGGUAAAACUUGUAAAACCCCAGUUUUGAAAGUGAAUCCUAAAGAAAUAGAAAAGAAACAAACAGCACCAAAACCACUUGUAUCGGAGCCAGAAGACCCUGCAACUAGAGUCAGAGAACUUUAUGAAAAAAUACAAAAGCAGCAGCUUGCCCAAAUGGCUACUCUAGUGGAAAAACAGAAAAAAGAGCAAAUGCUUUUGCAACAAGUUUUUGAAGACCAGAACAAAAUGUUAUAUAAUCAACUACAGACUAUUUGCCCCAAACCUCUAAACGAUGUCAAGGAAGCAUGGGUUGAGAAAACAGAGAGGGGCCCUGUUAGUUUGAACCAAUUAAUCAAUCAUAGAAGCUCAGACUCUUGUGAAAGUCCUGUCCAAUCCACUAUUACAGAUACUAAUAACUAUUUAAAUCAGUGCGAUAAUGUUCUUAAAAAGUCAAGAGACAUAACAUCAAGUAUAAAGAAAGGAAAAGUUUGUGCGGUCAAUGAAAAAAGCCCACAGAAACCGACACAGAGCGUAAAAAGAAACCAGUCCCCUGUACGUAGAAAUGGUACUUCAAGAAAGCUAACAUACGACACGUCUUCUGAUCGUGAAUAUGAACUAAUUUUAACCGACCGUACGAACGAUACGAUGGCAGAUUUAAAUGUGACGUUUCCGUCAGACAAUAGUGACGAAUGUCCUUAUACUCCACCGAAAAUUACUAAAACUAACCACAAGAACGUUAGAACUACAGCGUUGCCUCUCGCGGAUCCCUGCAAGUCCACCGACAGAGCUAUUAAGAGCAUGGAGGAAACUAUACACAAUUCCAUAAAAAGUAUGUGUUCCAGAAGAGCGCCAAGUGUUUGCCGGCAGACGACCCCACAAGAGCGCGCAGCGGCAACAAAGAUCGUGGCGUAUGCCAAAGGUUUCCUCGUGCGCAGACUGAUGCGCACGGAACGAGUGCAAAGCACCGUUCAGACAAUCAAAGACGCGUUGCUAUGCGCGCUGCAGUUGCAUCAGGAUCGCGAGGGUAUCAGCGGGGCUGAUGUUGAUUUACAUAGGCGCUUGAUUCAGCAGAUAACAGCGGCGUGCUACUCUCUCCACGAUACAUUUAUAACGAGCACUGCUGCUGAGCGCUGCGCUAUGAUUUCGGCAGACCGUGGCCGAAGACGCUCACUAGCCAACCGCCCACAUAUAAGGCAACAUCGACCUACGGACCUAAUGUCACAAAGUCACUGCGGUGCGUUUCCCGCGCGCAGCAAGCGAUCGACGAACGCAUCGCUUAUGACUCAAUCCAAUUAUGAGACUUUUAGCGGCGAAAAGAGCAGCGUACGCCGCUAUAUGCCGAGCCCGCGACGUCGCCCGUGGCGCUGACCUUGUAUGCCCGCCUUUAUCACGCGAUGUUGGCUGUGUGAUUACACCUAAAGUGAUCCCUAAAAUUCUAAUGCGUCGUAGAAACGAUAAUGGUGGUAACGCCUUAAUUAUAUAAUUAAGGCGUUACCACCACAGAUUAUAUUAUAAUUAACAUAAAAGUAUCAUUUAGUGCAUGGUCUAUGGCAAACACAUCAGACAGAUUUAUUACCCAUGACAGAAUAUUUCGCGGCAAGUGUGACCCUCUAUUGCAAAUAUUUAAUUGUAGGGUAAUGACUUCUACAGACAGAUAGGUCACGUUUGCUGGAAAACAAUUGUCCACAGAUACAACACUUAAGAUCAUAAGCUAGGAUAUUGAAUUAAGAAGCGUAAUUGUGCUAUUCAGUUUAAAGAAAUUUUGCCAGAUUUCAAGGGAGAGAGAAUUUCAGAAAUUUGUAUGUUAUAAAACUAGUGUGGGGGUUUUACAUUUUUAUUUAAACAAAACAAUUACAUUUAAACCGACACUUAUUUAUUUAAAUUCACUUUAAAUGUUUACACAUUCUUGAGACAAUAAAUUAUGUGUUUGCACUCUUUUAAUAAGUUUAAAUGUAUCUAGCAAAUAAAUUUUUACCCGCUUCGUCUUAUGUACUGGGUAACUUAAACUUUGUUAAACACUUUAAUGAUAUAUAAAUUUACAUUUCAGAAAUAAAAUUCAAAUUAUGAGCUAACCUUAAUUUUAAUUACGAAUCAUGUUUAAUAUUUAACAUUGUGUAUGAUUGUAUUUAAAAUAACUAAGUAACGCGAGAAUUAAACUAAUUAAAUUCCAUUAACAUUACUCGACUUCCUGAUAUAAUUAUAGUUAAAGAAUCAUAUGGCUUUAAUAAUGUCUGUCAUAUUUUUAAAGAAUGUAAAUGGUAAACUUUGUUUCCAAAGGAAUUGCUACAGUAUUGUCCAUAGUUAUAAAGUACAAUAUAAACUGGAAAAGUACAAUCAAACAUUCUGAUUUUUAUACUUUUAUAGGACAAGUGUGGAAAAACACCCCGUAGAUGUAUUACGAAUACGUAGGGUAUUUAACGCGAUUGUUAUCUUUCCACACUUUUCUGCUGGAGUCACUCGUGAUACAGUGUGUGGACACUAUACACUAAAAGAUUGUAUUCCAUCCCGGUGGUAUUGAAAUUCCAGAUGGCUUUAGCUGGUGGCUUUGUAGGAAUGUCACGAAUGAUUUCUUUAGCGGGGUCUAUGCGGUGGUUGUGACGGCGCUCUCUGAGCAAGUUUGCUUUUAUUGCGAUUAGGUAUAAUUUACAAAUGUAGCCUUGUAGUUAUUUAUUUAGACGGUCGAAAUUUGGACUUACUUGUAUCGACGCAAAACUUUUUUGUCAAAACUUCUAGGCUUAACUUACUGGCUUCCAGGAAUACAGACAAAACAAAUUGAUAGUACAAAUCUGACAUUGACGAAUAAAGUCAAUAUUUCGCGUGACCGUUUAAUGCUGUAGAUCUUAACAAUAGUUUUAUAAGCGCAUGUAACUAGUCAAAUUUCAAAUAUCUUUUAAAAGUUAUGGCACAGAUGCUAAAUUUUCGAAAAGGUCACUAUAUUUUUCAUGUAACCCAUUUUACAAUAAAUAUUUGAAAAAUA